CGACAGUAUGACAAUGCUGUCACAUGUGGCCUCGUGUGGACUACCAAUUUUGUGGCAUACCGGUGCCGCACGUGUGGGGUAUCGCCAUGUAUGUCGCUCUGCGCCGACUGCUUUCAAGCCGGGAACCAUGAGGGCCACGAUUUCAACAUGUUCCGCAGUCAGGCAGGAGGGGCAUGUGACUGCGGAGAAGUCAGCGUGAUGAAUCCUGCAGGGUUCUGUCCGAGACAUGGUCCUGACAGACAGCACACCCAGCCCCAGCCCCCCGGGGAUCUCCUGGCAGUGGCUGAGACCAUGAUGCCCAGGAUUAUACUGCGCCUAAUCUACCACCUGAGGGACAACUCAAAACCUGAAAUGACAGACACGUACCUGUUGGCCAUGCAGGAUGCAGAGCAGUUCCUCUCAUUCCUGCACAGCCUCAGUGACAUGGGGGCAGCCAUGAGAAGGGUGAUGGCCCGAGCACUCACUGACCCUGAGCUGUACUCACAUCUCAUCAACCUGCACAUCUCAGGUGAAGCAGAGGCGUCUAACAGUUUCUACAUGAAGAGCAAGCGGGACUAUGAGGCUGCCGUGGAUUCCCUCCAGUAUCCUCGAGGAUUUGAUGAGCUGGACGAUAUACCUGGAUUGAACCAGAAGCUCGUCCACAAGACGUUCCUGGAGGAGCUUGUAUUCUGGACGGUGAAAUUUGAAUUUCCUCAGAAGAUCGUGACCCUCCUGUUAAGUCUGCUACCAGAUCUUAGAUACAAAGAAGCAUUCACCCGUGCUUUCAUCCAGCACUACAGUCGGAUAUCACGCGUGCUAGUAAAGGCGCUGGACCGUCAGACAGUGGCCAAUCGAGUGGUCCACAUCAGUGUACAGCUGUUCUCCACGGAGACCCUGGCGUGUCAGAUGGUCCAGGAGUACAACCUCCUAUACGUGCUCAUUGUCAGCCUGAAGAACAUGAUGGAGCAGAUACUUACUGACAGCACGCUUCAAGACUUACAUCAGAACUUCCACCAAGUGGUGGACUGCAGCCACGAGUCAAUGAAGGACCACUGCUAUUGGCCCAUCAUCAGUGACCUGAUUAACCUACUGUCACACGAGGACAUCGCGUACAAGUUCCUUUCUGAUAUGAAGCUCGUAACUAUGUGGCUCGACUUUCUGUCAUAUUUUCAAGGAAUGAAUCUGAACACCCGAGAGCUACACCAGCACGUAGAGUUUGAGCCAGACACCUACUACGCUGCCUUCUCUGCUGAGCUGGAGAUCUCUGCCUCACCCAUGUGGUCUCUGAUAUCCCAUCUCAGACGAGAGAACUCGUACUAUGUGACGAAAAACAUGAUACAGGCCUGCCAGGAAUCACUUCAAGACUGGUUUGAUGCAAUCUCAUGCAAGGAGUCUACCAAUCCCAACCCCCUGCAGUUGACAUUUCACCUGCCCCUCCAUCGCUACCUGGCCACGUUCAUGGUGCAGGCCGUCCAGUAUCAGCAUCAGGAUCUUCUGGCAGUAGUACCUCCAGAACGCAUGCUCAAGACUUUGCUCAUUCACGUUCUGCAGAUACAGGUAGCCACAGCUGAGAUCUACAGCAACAUGUGGGUGCGUAACGGCCUCCAGAUCAAAGGUCAACCCAUGACCUACGUCCAGUGCCACUUCUGCUACUCGAUGGUGGACGCUGACAUUUACCUUAUGCAGGUGUGUGCUUGUAGACUGGAUCCAGACUAUUUCGUUCAGACUGUGAUAGACAGGUUUCACAUUAGUGACUGGUUGUCAUUCAAUCCAGAACCUGGGGCCAGGAUCUACAAAAUGGAAAAGGAACAAGAAUUGGCCAUUGUUGAGGGUGUUUUGCAAUUUUUUACCAUGCUGCUGCAUAUACGGACAUAUUUAGGCAUGGAAGACAAGGAGCUGACACGUCUAGAGAUGGCCACCUUGCUGUUUGUGGCCGACCGCCAGCACAGCCAGCUCAUGGACCUGAUGCCUGAGAAAUCGGGGAUGACAGGGCACGGGAAGGACCUGUUCGAGCCCACGCUCAAGGAUAUCUCCAAUUUCAAGGCGCCCAAUUUCGAGCCCGGAGGAGGCCUGCAGCAGGGGACCUAUGUCCCGAAAGAUGAGCUUUGGGAGACAGAGUUUGAUCCGGUGCACGUCUUGUUGAGAUCCGUAUACAAGAAUGAUUUCCAGUCAGCUAUGGACAGAUACACAGAGUUUUUACGAAGGAAGGGUAAUUUCAAGGGCAAGGGCCAGCCCUGGCCCCCUUUUAAAGCCCCUGGAAAGAUUCAGGAAUGCUACCGGGCCAUGUACAGGAUCCUUCACUGCAAAACCAUGCACUCUCUCAUCUUUACCGUCCUUCAAAAGGUAUUGAAAGACAGCAGUUUGCCGGAGAGUUUCAGCUUUUACGCUGUUCACCUUCUCGAGUUGGCAAUCACUGUACCAAACCCUGAUGGUUCUAAAAGAGUCAAACCGUCUCCGGCAAGGGUGCCAGACAAGAGUUACAGAGACUGGUUCUCUGGCAAUGACAUCCUGGAGAACGUAAAGCAGACGAUACGUGAGGUGGAGGUAUCCCUGAGCGUAGAGAGGGAAGGGUCGCCACGUCUGUCCCUGGACACAUCAUUCGAAUCUUUUGAAGAGAUGUUCCAGUUGGCGCCUAGCGCUUUAGCAGGCCCAAGUGGUCCUAUCACAGCAGCCCACACUGGACACAUCCCAUCAUUCCAUCUGUCGCCCUUGACAACGACUUCAGGUAACCCCCAGCCAAGUAUUCUCACCGUCCUCCCGUCCACCAGCGGAACACGUCCCAAGUUCGAGACCAGGGGCAUGACCACAGAACGACAGAGAACGAAAAUUGUUGCUAUCAACGAAAGCCUUAUGACUAUUUUGUAUAAGCUCCAUUCGAAACUGUCGGGAAAGUCGAAUUCAUAUGCGCCGCCGUCUGUGAGUGGAAAUGGCAGCGGGAUGGAGAAUGGAGGAAAUGGGGAGUUUUAUGUGAAGAAAGUCCUUGAUAAGCUAUGUCAGAGCAGCACAGAUUGCGCCAGAGCGGUAGAAGACCUCUAUCAAGCCAAUAAACCCAAAGAGGCUGGAACCUCAAAGAAAGGAAAGUCUAUGGACACUGAAACUAGACGUAAGAAGGCAAGAGAGCGUCAACAGAAGUUGAUGGAAGAGUUCGCAUCCAAACAGAAGGCAUUUAUGGAGCAGGCAAUGGAGACUGAAGAUUCCUCAACAACGGGUGCCUCAAAAAGUCCAAACAGCCCAGAUGGCAGUGGUCAUCCAGAGAGUAUGGAAUCAGACGAGACGUUGUACGACUGUGUGAUAUGUAACCAGAGUACGCCGUCCACUGCAGAGAGGACCAUAGGACUUGUCGUCUUUCUGCAAGCUUCCAGUGUACUUGGCCACAGAACACAGACGGACACCCGUAAGGUUCUCACGCUGGUUGACAAGACUCGACAGAGGAUCGUCAACUGCUCCCGCGUGCAGACGGAGAGGUUGGAAAAGCUCUUCAGAAACUUUGAGGAGAGCUCCUGUCAGACGUCUGUAAACAUUGGCUGGGACGGGGGUGUGCUGGUACAGACCUGUGGUCACUAUCUACACCUCGACUGCCACACUUCGUACGUCUCCUCAUUGCUGGGUCAGGGAGCUCACGCCAACCUGCUGGUGUCUAAGGGAGAAUACUCCUGUCCACUGUGUGUGCAGCUCUCCAACUCUGUGAUACCCAUCAUUCCCGAGGAGAGCAAGUACUCCAUCACGCGGCCCGUCUCGCGCGACCCCCGCCAGAUGGCGCUGGACAUUGCCAGCAUGAUGAUCAAGAGGCCCAUUACUCCAGUAAUUGUGAGGUCACCGUUGGUUACCAAGGCGAUGGGCAGCAUGAUGGAGGACCUCACCAAUGCCACCUACGGGAUGUACAAGACCUACACCAGCUCACAGACCUCUGAGAGCGUGCUGCUCUUUGUUUGCUCAGUUGCAAGGACAAAUCUGGAGUUGGAACUGUUGCAGAGAAAGGGGGAUUUGAGUCAGCCAUUGCCAACUUCAAGGAAACACUGCUUUUUGCCCUUACUCCAUGUUCUGAGUAUGCACAGUAAGAUACUGACCACCAAGCCAUACACUGAUCUGUGGUCUCACAUCACCGGGGUCUCCUGCUCAGAAAAUACUACAAGUGUCUCUUUGUACCAGAAAGAGGUACCACUGUUGCUCAAGGAUCCUGUCUCACUGCUGAUACAGAUUAUUUUGACACUGCCAGCAACCAUUGAAAGAGGUCACUUUGAUUUCGUGGUACAGGUAGUGUACAACAUGGUCUUCAUUCAGUCCCUGUGUGUGAUGACGUGCAAGUUUACUGAGGAAGAGAGGGAGGCAUGGAAAAAGGGUAGACAUGUGGCAUUCAACACACUAGAGGGAAUGCUAAGUCAUGUGAUCACCCGUCUGGCAACGAGUUUCCUGUACGAGAAGGAAGACACUGACCUUCUUGCGAUCUGCCAGUCUGUGUGGUCGCCCCUGAGUGUUGAGUCUUCCGUGCAGGAGUUGUGUGAACCGUUCCUCCGCAUGACUGCUCUCAUCAAGUUCCACAUCUUCCACGACGAGUUUCCAAAACGAGGGGUCCUGAGUGACUUCCAGUACCUCAGCAGCUACCUCCGUCUGAACGUGAAGCGUGACUCGACUGUGAUAGAGCCCAGCAAGCUCACGUCCGCCGCGCAGUGUGUGGACUGGCUGGUGGAGGAGGCUCACACCCUAACCAGGGCCUGGUGCACCGACCUCAUCAACUUUGCCAACAAGAACCCCCAGGAUGGACGGACACUUCUGACAGUAAACACCCAGUGGUUUGGUCCACACCUUAUUCAGCUGCCUGAUCAGUACUACAAGAUCUUCCAGGCGUACCGUAAGAAGCAGUGUCCGGUGUGCAGCAACCCGCCCAAGGACCCAUGUGUGUGUCUCGUCUGUGGAAUGUUCCUCUGCUUCCGGGGGGCCUGCUGCAAACAGCAGCACUCAUACGAGUGUGUCCAGCACUCGGUGGAGUGUGGAGCCGGGACAGGUAUCUUCCUGCUCAUCAACUCCAGUAUCAUUGUUGUGAUCCGUGGACCCCGCGCCGCCCUCUGGGGAUCUGUCUACCUUGACGAGUAUGGAGAGGAGGAUAAGGAUCUCAAACGUGGAAAGCCACUUUACCUGAGCAAUGACCGCUACUCACUGCUUGAGGCGCAGUGGAUUUCACACAGCUUUGAUCAUGCCUGUAAACGGUGGAUCUGGCAUCAGGAUAGACUGUAGACUGUGAACUGAAGAUUAGGAUAGACUGUGAUUAAAUAACUUUCUUCUGUCAGGAUUGAUUUUGAACUGACAGAAGAAUGGACUGUGAUCUAACAUCAGGAUUGAAAUAUGAGCCUCCUUCUGGAAAAACUGAGCUCAAUUCAUGUGCAUAAAGUGUCAGUCCAGAUUAGCGUGUGCAGUCGGUACAGUCUAUUCAGCGAGGACACUUUCUGCUUUAAUGGAAUUUUUCGUUAAAAGGGGUCUUUUCUAAAUCCAGAUUAGGCAGACAAUGUUGUCUCUGAUUAUUCUGUACAGACUGCACAUGCUAAUAGAUAAUGACAUUUUAAGCAUUGGUUUUAAGUCUGUUCUUUAAGAAUAGGUUUGUGGAUAUGGGUCAUGAUAGACUGUGAUCUAACAUCAAGAUAGAAUCUGAUCUGGCAUCAGCAUACAAUGGUUUCUUUAAAUAGGAUAGACAAAUCUGCCAUCAGAAUACACUGUUAUCAAGCUCAAGGAUGGACUUUUAUCUGGCAUUCAGAUAUACUUUUUUGCAUUAGGAUCUGGGGAUGGACAUUUCAAGCAAACAUACAUAGUAUACCAGACUUUUAAAUAACUGUUAACAAAGUUAAAGAACAGAUUUGAAUAGAAUAAAUGUCCAGACUUUCAUAAAGUUGAUAUAAUUGUUUGUUAGUUAUAAUUAUCUGGGCUUGUGUUCACCAAACAGUUCUUAGACUGAAGUCUAAGAAUAACGAAUAUUUUUUAAAUUGGAAUAUUCAAGAAUUGCUUUAAUUUGAGUCAAACUUGGUAUGUACACCAUCUAUCUAUAUCAUUCUUUAUGUAGAAUAUUUUGUUCAUGGCAUAAUCAUCAGUGGAAGCCUGGAUCCAUUUUUAGCUCGGCUGUUUUCGGGGAAAACCCGAGGUAUUGUCAUAGCCAGCUCGUCUUGUCCGCCGUCCGUGUCAAGGUUUGUAAAGGUUUUUAACAUUGGCUCUAAAAUCAAAGUCCUUCCACCUACAACUUUGAAACUUCAUAUCAUUUAUGUAGAUGCACCUUGAUGAGUUCUUCACGCCACACCCAUUUUUGGGUCACUAGGUCAAGGUCACUGUGACCUUAAUUUUUUUUUAAAUUCUGACAAGCAUUCGCAGCCGAGUGUGGCACCCGAUAUGCGGUGCUCUUGUUCUUGCUUCUAUGUCUAUUCUUUAUUCUUAAGUGUUAGAUUAGGUUGGUGAAUCCAGGCUCCUGGUAUAACACAAGUCUUCUGUAAGUGAUCUAUUUAUCAGAUGGAUUUUUGUGAAUUGCGUUAUAGGUUUGAAUCAUGACACCAUAAAUGUACCCCAUGAUUGUUAAAAGUUGUUUUUGCUUUACUUUUGUACUAAUUAUUAAUACUUUUGAAAUUGAGUUCCUUUUUAAAAAUGUGUGUGGCCUUAUUAUUUUUCAAACACGACUAUGCUGUCACUAAAAACUAAAGCCUAGUUAACUCUUUCAGUGCUGGAACCGAAUUUUGAAAGCCUUUGCAAACAGUUUGGAUCCAGAUGAGAUGCCACACAACGUCUCAUCAGGAUCCAAACUGUUUGCUAUUCUGAUAGUAUUCUUUGAAAAAAAUCGAAGAAAAUGCUAAUUUUAAAAAUUCAGCAGACGCCAUUUUAGCAGACGACAAAUUUCCCAGCAUGCAAAGGGUUAAAAUAUGUGUGGCCUCUUCAUGGGUGUCCCAUUGAGUGUUUUGAAACAACAUAAAUAUCUUGUCUUUACAUAUACACUUCAACACCGUUAUUUCGAACACUGAUAAUCCGAAGUCACCGUUAUUUCGAAGUAUUUUUCUGGUCCCAAAUUUGGUUAUUCUUCGUUUAAUGUAAAAUUUCAUUGUUAAUCCGAACUUCGUUAAACCGAAAAAAAUCGUUAAUUCGAAGUGAUUCUGUCGGUCCCGACAAUAUUAUUCGCACCUAAUCAUCAAUCUUUAAUCCGAAGUCAAAGCUGCAAAACGCUAAGCAAAAUUUCACACCUUUGUCGUCUGGGCGUGGCGCGUCAAAAGCUGAUAAUUACUCCUUUGUCGUCUGCGCGUAGACGUUAAUUUUAUAAUGUCGUCAAAAGCCGAUAAUUACUGUUUAUGUAGUUUAGCAUUCUUUAGUAACAAAUAAACCUGUCACGUUUGGUCUGAGUAAAUGUGGUCCAAUGAAAUUCAUCUUAUAUAAACUCUGCCUUUUGCGAGCAAACACGGGCUGAAGUGAGUGCUUUAAUGUCCUUGACACAUUGAAGAAAUAUGUUACACGCGUCCAGUUUAGUGCUGCUAAGUCCAGUGUCCAGAUAGACAUCGCGUCAUAUUUUCAAAAAAUGUUAAUACAUUUCCGAAAAUGUAUUCAUCUGUAUUUACAUGUAUGACAAUUUGUGCUAUUCGUUAUAUUUAAUAUGGUCUGAUAAUUUGUGCUAUUCGUUAUAUUUUAUAUGUUCUGAUAAUAAGUGCAUAUUCAUUAUAUUUAAUAUGUUCUGAACUUAGAGAAAACAUAAAAAGAAGAACAAGAAUCGUUUUAUUCCUUCGUAGAAAUCUAUUGCCAUCUGACUAGUUUACGUUUUUAAGUAAAACAAUUAUUAAUACCCUGGUAGUAGCUUGUAACCGAACCAUGCGAAUUCCACAACGUUUUAUUAUUACAGAAUCAAAGAAGUCGUCUGUCAAAUGUUUAUUUCGAAUUAUCGUUAAUCCGAAGGUUUUUUUUAACAGUCCCGACAACUUCGAAAUAACGGUGUUGAAGUGUUAUCUUUUUUGUCAUGAACUGGAAACAGUUUCUUUUAAAAUCGAGUCCUUUUUGCAAAAGAGCUUUGCCGGAUUAUUUUUAAAAUAUGACUGUGCUAUCAUUAGAAAACUGAAGCCUAGUUUAACCCUUUCCCACUAAGAAGCAAAGUAAAAAUGCCUAUGUGCAAACAGCAUAAAACCAGAACAGCCUGCGAGUAACUCGCAGUCUGUUCAGGUUUUAUGCUGUUUGCUGCUCAUCACUAUGUAUGGUUUGGAGAUGAUCCCUUAAAAACUUGAAUCUAUUGCGAAAGGUCUUAAAUUAACUUAUCUUUCUUAGUGACUGCAAAUGCAUGAAAAUACGUUUCUAAGUGGUAAAGGGUUAGGUAAAUUCUGGUCCCUCCACGGAUAUUCUUCUGAGUGGUUUAUAAUGCAGCAUAAUUUUCUUAUCUUUACAUAUCAUCUUAAUCUUACAGGGUAGUUAUAAUAUUUUAUAUGGUACUUUCUUAGGGAAACAAACUUCAUUGUUUAUAGUCUUAUUUUUGGCACAAACCGGAACUAGUUGCUUUUAAUUAUUUCAAGAGAUACUUUAAGAAUCAUUUCUCUUGUGAAAUAUAUAGUAUUUAUAGUAUUUAUUGUAUUUGUUAUUAUAUAAUUGUAUGUGAAAAGUCCUGAAUAAUACUUAUUUAAACAAGUUACUUAUUGCAAUUAAUUUUGAGAAUCCUUCUUUGAACAGAUUUCAAUUUUUUUUUUUUUAAUGAUUACAUUGACAAUAACAUUGACAAUAAAAGUGGCGUAUAUGUUUUUAAUUUAUUUUUCAGUUGACACCUUCUAAAUGUAUUUGAAUCCACACAAAGAUAUACCAAAUU